UGGUGUAAAUGCGUGUCUGAGCGCGUGCCAGGCCUGGAAAGAUGGCGGCCUGUGCUUUGCGACGAGGAUUUCUCAGCACAGUUAGUAAAUAUAACAAAAAACACGCACACAGGAUACUAAGCGUGGUUGACAACAGCAGCGGGUUUGAGGUCUACAGACCAAGGCUGCAAUGCCGAGCUUGCGGACUAGCCGGCGGUGUCCAGCAGAGGAGGUUCAUGUCGUCACGGAACAGGCCUGAAGGGAAGAUUUUGGAGACAGUUGGGGUGUUUGAGGCUGUGAAGCAACACGGAAAAUAUGAAACGGGACAGCUCUUUCUCCACAGUGUUUUCGGAUACAGAGGCAUUGUUUUGUUCCCCUGGCAUGCCCGACUCUACGACAGAGACAUCACCCCUCCCAUGUCUGACAGUAAACCUGAGCCCCCUGGAGCUCAUGGCUCCAAAGAGGUGAAGGGGAAGACCCACACCUACUAUCAAGUCCUGAUUGACACCAGGGAUUGCCCUCACAUAUCCCAGCGGUCCCAGACAGAGGCAGUGACGUUUCUGGCCAACCAUGAUGACAGCAGAGCUCUGUACGCCAUCCCAGGUCUGGACUAUGUGAGCCAUGAAGACAUCCUGCCCUAUAACUCUGCGGAGCAAGCCCCCAUCCAGCACGAGCUGUUUGAGCGCUUCCUAAUGUACAACCCUGCUAAAUCUCCUCCAUUCACAGCCAGAGACACCCUGAAGGCGUGGCAGGAGAAGAACCACCCCUGGUUGGAGCUGUCGGACGUCCACAGGGAGACCACUGAGAACAUCCGUGUCACUGUCAUCCCCUUCUACAUGGGCAUGAGGGAGGCUCAGAACUCCCAUGUUUAUUGGUGGCGGUACUGCAUCCGUCUGGAGAACAUGGGUAACGAAGUUGUGCAGCUUAGAGAGAGGCACUGGAGGAUCUUCAGCCUGUCAGGAACUCUGGAGACAGUCAGAGGACGUGGAGUUGUCGGCAGGGAGCCGGUGUUGUCUAAAGAGCAGCCAGCCUUUCAGUACAGCAGCCAUGUGUCUUUACAAGCCCCCAGUGGCCACAUGUGGGGGACAUUUCGUAUUGAGAGGACUGACGGUUCCCACUUUGACGUUCGCAUUCCCCCUUUCUCCCUGGAGAGCAACAAAGACGACAAAGCACCCCCUGCUGGUUACACAUUUUAAACACAAGUAGUCGCCUCCCACCUGCAAGGAUGUAUUCUCAGUCCUGGCUGGGUCUUCUACAAUCAUCCUAAUGUCUCAGCCUUCAGCAUAAGACAAGUGUCAGUCAGGUUAUGCAAAGGGAAUAUUUAACAAUCAUCUCCAAUCAGGCCCAAAUUUCCUUUCCUGAGUGCACACAACAGCAGUAUGUCUUUGAGUAAAUCAUAUAGGGUAGUCAGUUAAAGCGUCUUCACUACAUGUUGACUUUGAAGAGACGUGCUCAGUCAGGUGGAAGAACAUCAGGAGGCAGGGAGGAGGGGAUAAUGUUUCCACGCUGAGCUGCACAUGUUGUGCAUCCAUAGCUGAAAUAUCGAGCAGGAUGUUUCUAGUCAGGGAGUUUUUCCUGCUGAGCUCUGAAAUCAUGAAAAACGCAUCAACAACUGGCUGAGCUUCACGCUGAAGCAUCAGCUGGAAACACAAAGCCAUUACUUUGACUCUUCCUCCCCUGAUGAGGUUCUCCUUUGAAUUUCUGAAAACAUAACUUUCAUCCAGGACUUUUUAAAUGUUAUGUUUACUUUUUAAUUCAAAUUCUACUCUGUAAUAGUUUAUGAAUCAGUCAGACCUCUGUGGGGCACUUGUGAGAAAGGAAUGAGAUUGAUGUCUGGGCCUUUUACAGUGCAGAUAAAGUUAUCUUUUUCUUUUUACAACAUUGAAGCACAGUGAAAGGAAUGAAUGUUUCCAGCCACUCAAGAGGAAAAAACUCUUCAGUGUUAAGAGCAGACUGUAUUUGCACAGAAAAAUACAGAGAAGGAAAAAGUAAUACUAAUUUUAACAUGAUUUCUUUUGACACUUUGUAAUGAUAAUUCACAGGAGUCCGGGUGGCUCUUAUUCAGUUAAAAUGUCUUUAUGCAUUGCAAAAGAGCUGUAACACAGUCUCACCAGCAGCCAUCUAACUGUAUCUACCAUCUAGCUGUAAUUAAUAUCUGCAAAAAGAUAUGUCCAUUUAAGUACAACUAAUAAUCCCCUCCUAGAUAUUGUUUCAAAACGACCAACUCUUUUUAUGAAUCCAAGGGAAUGAAGGAUAAAAGAUCUCCUACAAGUCACUCAGAGGCUUCUGUAUUGUAUCUGUAUUGUGCACAAAAUAAGGUUUAAAAAAUGAUCAACUUAUGGAGCAUCUGUUAACUUCACCAGUUCUCCCUGAUGUCUUGUACAUUGUUGUUAAAGUUGCACCGAAGGUAAUGUUAAAGGGGAAAAAGGUUCACUUCUUCCACCAGCUUUUAUUCAAAUGCAACAACGUUAAAGUGAGACGCUACUACAUUAAUUGCGACUUGUCUCCUUCCGUUUUUCCCAUAUGCUUUCAUUCUUGCUUCCUCAGUUGCCGGUCAUUAAAGGCAGCAUAUUUAAAUGUGUCUUGGUCAGAACAGGCUUAUUGCUAAUUCUUGAUUUCUUCCUGUGACAGAUCUCUCAUACGCCUGUUUAAUCACUGUGGGAGGCUUUAUUUGUCUUUAUGAUGCUGUUAUUGCCAGAAAAAAGACGCAUCAGCCAUGAAAUCUGUAAGAUACAGACAUAUUCAACCAUCAGAUCCCUUUCUACACCUUGACUGCUCUCUACUUGAAUUAGAAAUUUUUCAUAAAAGGUUACCCCCUUAAGUUAUGACACAGGGAUGUUUACCUUGUGAUUUUAAUAUUUGUAAAUAUUUCAGAUAAUUUUUAUGGGAUUUUGCUCCUGUUGGAUAUAAAAAAAUACUUCUCUCUUAAAUUCAACCCACUGUGUUUCAAUGUAGUAAAAGAUCAAACUGAAAAUAAAGUGAAGGGAGGCUGAGUAAUUUUAAAAGCGGUGAACUGUUUGGCCAAAAAUACCCACUCCUUUGUUGCAAAAGAGUCAGGGAGUGGAUCUUAGUUGUCUGCAAACAACAAAUGCAGCACACCAUUUAGUAAUUAAACAAAGCGGUUGGCAGUCAGUGUUGUGGCUCACAGGAGAGGAGUGAGUGUGCUUCUGCAUGUGUGAAUGUAUGAAAUGUCUGACUUUCUGCAGUCCACUCUUUUUUCUUUUUUUUUUUUAAAGCCCAGAAUGAAGUCUUCAUCCUGCACAUACAAACAUGACAGGUGUAUUUCAUUAAGGCUGACUGCUUGACUUUUCAAACUCCUGUGAUAACAAAUGUUAUGAGCCUAAAAUUUCUCUGAAAAUGCCUGGAAGAGAAACAAACAUCUGUGUUUUGAUAAGUGAUUUGAAGAAACUAUGAUGGUUGAAAGACUACUGUAAAUAGAGAUGUAAUUAAAGGCUAAACUAAUAAAUAUACCUUUUGAAAAAUAAAUGUCAACAUGUCUUGUGCAUGCUUUUGAAAUGUCAUGUGGCUGCCUCUAGUGGGAUUGUCAUACCAGAUCUUUAAACUUUGAUAUAAUUCAAUUAAAAUCAAACUAUGUCAGCCCCUGUCCCACCAGGGCAUCAAAAGUAGAGGUCCUAGGCAGCGCAUAGCCAAUAUUGGGUUAUUUCAUGCCUUUAAGGACCAAAAUAAUGCAAACUGCUGCACACUGUCAAAAUGACAAAUACAUUGGCAUUAUUUGGCAUGCUCUCUCUUUUUCAGUUGUGCCAUCUUUGUGUUUGAAGAUACAACUGCAGAUCUGAAGUUCUUUUAAAGCUUUGUUGUUUUUCAGUACUGUCAGUAAUUAAAACAACAUAUUCUAUUAAUUUGAAACACUAGUAGUUUAAAAGUGUAAAAAAAUAUGAACUAAUUAUGAUCCAUUCAAAAUUUAUACUAGUGUCAUCUGUUCAUUUAAGCUUUUAAAGAGCAAGAAGGCUGAGAUAACAAACAUCCUCAACUGUAAUGUGCUACUGCUUCUAUAAUUUAAGUUUUCCCAUUAUGUUUAAUUUAUGUCAUAUAGGGCAAUAUAUGUAUGUGAGUGCCAUCUUCAUUGGUUCAUUAAUGUCAUACAGCCACCACCAGAGGGCAGUACAGUCAGCUUACAUCUUUGGCUCCAUGUAAAUGGAGGAUGUAAAGUGAUCUCAUUUCAGCUUAAAGUCCUGAUAAACUCAUUUCCAUUUUAUUUUGUGGAUACAAUUGACUGGUUUUAAGCACAUUUCAGGAAAUAAAAAUGCAAACCUGCAUUCAGUGUUUAAAUUAAAUUAAAUUGUGGUGAAGGAAUGUUCAAUCAACUUGCAUUUAAAUGCAUGACCCUUUCAGUUUCCUCCUUAGCAGAAGACCAAACUACACUUCGAAACCAAUGAUUUGCUUACAGCAGUAAAAAACAGAACAAAGCCAGAAGUGCAGUAGAAAAUACACAAGGCCAACAUUUUUUUCAAAUAAACAAUUUAAAGAAAUAAAAAAAAAAAAAAAAAAGACAAAGACCACACAACUCUCAUUCCAGGCCAAAAGGUGUAUACAGGGAAUUGAGUCAAUUUUAGCAUUCUGGCCAUGAUUCUGAGAAUAAUGUCUGGCACAUGAUAUAUUUCUGUAAAGCUGAAGAUGUCGUCUAGUUAUUUCAUUAAAAAGUGAUUAUUGAAGUGAAUGUGUUUUAUCACAUUCCUUGGAUAAUUGGCUAAACUUUA